GCGACAGGACGUGUUCAACGGGUACAAGGUAUAUCCUCGUUGUUAGAUGAGUGAUCGAACGAUGGCAGGGGCGUCGCCGCCAUAUCCUGGACCAUCAAAUUAUUAUCAUCACCAGCAUGCUGGGUACGCAUACGGUUCAGCGGGGCCUUAUCCUGCUCAAUAUCAACAAUAUCCUCAUAUUCCAAUGAAUGGACAUGGUCAUCCUAUUCAUCACCGUCAACCAUUAAAUUUCCAUCCACACUACAAUUAUUCCCAUCCUCAUUCUCCUACUGCCUAUCCUCCUCGUUCUGCUCCUUAUUCUCCAACUUACCAAAUUCACCCUAGUCCAUCUUGGCAACAACAUCAGCAACCCCUUUCUCCCCUACCAAAACAACUAUCGACUCUUCCUUCUCUAUCACUCUCUCCUACUACACAACAAGAUUCUCUUCCAAUCCAGAAAAUUAGCAGCGAUCAGAUCGAAAACCAAUUCAUAGAAUCCGAGGACAACCUUCAAAAGACGCCCCCAGCCACUCCCCCGCCCCAAUCUCCCAUGUCUUCGCCUCGUCCAAGUACAGACCCAAAACUUGGUGGUUGGGUCAUCUGGUCAAAACGUCCCUCCGAUCCAUCUGCUGCUCCUGGUAUCAUCAUCUCCCCUCUCGCUCGUCCUCCUCGUGAUGUUAUUCAAUACGCCCUUGACAUUCCUACGCCCCCUCCAUCUCCUACACCCGAACCACCCGUUGCUUUACCCUCAGCGCCUGUCCCUUCAGAGCUUCCAGAUGGCACAGAAUCAAAUACGACCCCUGCUCUAUCUACAGCACCUGAUACGCCUGUCCCUGGCUCCCCAGUAUCCACUAAUACUUCCUUCUCCCUCGCAAAGGCUCCUGAACAACCUGAAGAGAACCCUUCGGUAUCGGUGUCCGAGGCCGCGUCAUCGGCCGCCGAGCCGUUUAAUGAACAUUCUACUUCCACUUCCGCAGAACCUGCUGUAGAGCCUCGAGUAUCAUCCACUGAUCCUCUAGAAUCACAGAAACCAUCUGACGUAGAGGUUUCCACGUCCACUGCUGCGCCCCAGCCAUCUGAUGCAGAAACUUCUACGCCCGUUGCUGCACCCAAGUCAUCUGAUGAAGAACCCUCCGCGGCUGCGCCGAAGCCAUCUGACCCAGAACCCUCCACAUCCACCGCUGUACCAAUACCUGCACCCGCUCCAAAGCCUGCCCCUGUCUCAUGGGCAUCUCUUCUCCGCAAACCUGGCCCCUCUCACCUCCCCGCCUCAUCCGUCGUGGGUUUCUCCAUUCCAGCCUCCCCUCCGCCCACCACCAAGGCCGCCAAAACCACAUCGCACCCUAAAAAGUCCGAACUUCUGACUCUGCUUAGCUCUGGCGCACAAUCCGGAGCAGGCAUGCGCAUCAAGCCGCGUGGGCUUGUCAACGCUGGGAACUUGUGCUUCGCAAACGCGGUGCUUCAAGUCCUCGUGUACUGUCCUCCGUUCUGGAAGUUCUUCACGGACCUCGGGCGCUUGCUUGAACCUACGGAGGAGUCCAAGACGCCGCUCGUAGACGCGACGAUCCGGUUUGUGAAGGAGUUUGCGCCAAAGGAUAGGGCACCUGUAGAAGGGAAGGGGAAAGGGAAGGGUGUUGAGCGGUAUGGAGCAAAUGGACUUGUGCAUGAGGAAGUGGAAGAGGAUAUUAUGGAUUCGUUUAUGCCGACUUAUGUACAUGAUGCAUUGAAGGAGAAGAAGAGGUUUGAUCAUAUGCGCGGCGGACAUCAAGAAGAUGCAGAAGAGUUCCUUGGAUUCUACCUCGACACGCUCGAAGAGGAGCUCUUAACACUCUCCUCGGCACUCACCAACCCCAACGCAGCUCCAGCUCACCAAAACAGCAACGCCGCAACCAACAAUACGCAAGAAGAGGGCUGGCUCGAGGUCGGCAAGCGCAACCGUACCGUCUUCACACGUACCACCAAGACAGCCGACUCGCCCAUGACGCGUAUCUUUGGCGGUAAGUUCCGUUCCACCCUCCGCGUGCCUCAUCAAAAAGACUCUGUCGUCGUCGAGGACUGGCGUAGUUUACGGUUAGACAUCCAACGCGACACAAUUCACACCAUCAAGGACGCACUUACCCACAUCUCCUCCCCCCAAUCCGUCCAAGUCACCUCCGUCACGCGGCCAGGUGCCACCCUCGACGCAUCCCAACAAGUGCACAUCGAUUCCCUCCCUCCAAUCCUCAUCCUCCACCUCAAGCGUUUCUUAUAUGACGCUAACAAAGGCGGGGUUGCAAAGGUUGGAAAACAAGUGGCUUUCGCGCCAGAGCUUGAUAUGGGUACAGAAGUGAUGGUGCCUGGUAAGAAGGUACAUGGGACGCGGUAUCGUUUAUUCGGAGCGGUCUACCACCACGGCCUGACAGCUUCAGGCGGCCACUACACCCUUGACGUCCUGCACCCCAACGUCGACAUGACGCACCCCCCUACAAAACCACGCGAGGGGUGGAUACGCAUCGACGAUGAGUUGGUUUCGGAUGUGAGAGCUGAGGAUGUGUUUGGGCCUGUGGAGAGGGAUGAGCUUAAUGGGAGGUGUGCAUAUUUGUUGUUUUAUCGGAGGGUUGGGGCGGGGGCGGGGGCGCGGACUUUGUAGCGGUCGCGUUAGUUGGUUGAUUGAUUUUGCUAGAUUUUUGGGUUGUGAAUCGAUGAGUUUUUGUCUGGACUUU